AUGAAUUCAAUAAUAUUUAAAAAAAAAUUAAGCGCUUUAUAUGUGACCAUUCGAGAAUCAAAAUCUCAAAGUUAUUUGAAUCCAUUUUUAAUAUGGAUUCUCUAUAUAGGAACAAGAUUGAGUCUUAUACUCAGAGUUGAUUAAUUUAAUGGGAUGGAGUACUAAGUAUUUACAAUUUUAACAUUUAGGAUAAAUAGUUGAUUCUUAUAAAAAAUCUAAUCAAUUGGUUUCAUCUAUUAACACCAAUCAAUUCUAUAAAAAUAGAUUAAUUUUUAUCUCUUAUUGUAAUAUUAAUAGCUAUAUUUCAUUGGUUAUCUUUAUUGAUUACCCUAUUCAGCUACAAUUAGAUUAGAUGUUUCAAUUAAUUUCAAAACUAAUAUUUCACUUAUUUACAGAUGUUGUAUCUAUAUCCAUCAUUUAUAUAUAUUCAUUAAUUAUAAUACUAAAAUGAGGAUGACAUCAUUAUCUUUAUAUGCUUGGUGCCUAUUAUUUUAAAUUAUUCAAUAUUUUCAUAUAUUCAAAGAAAUUACUUAUUACCUAGCAAUAAUCCUUUUACAAAAAGAUAUCGUUCCUAUAAUUACCUUGUAAAUUUGGCAGAGGUUUUAGCUUUAGUACUUUUUCCUUAUUUUAAUGAAAUAUUUUAAUCAAUAAUCCUACUGAUUUAAUUCUUAAUUUAAUUAAGUGAUGCAAUUUUAAACUAACCUUUUUCAUAAUAUAUGAAUUUGAAUUAUUGUAUUGGUUCAUCAAUUUUAUUCUAUUGUUCUCUAUUCAAAUUCUUAAGUAUAUAUUGGACUGAAACUGAAUUUAUGUAUGUAUGUUUAAUAUUCAUUCCAUUUUUAAGUGUAAUAACAAUGAAAGUAUUGAAAUAAAUUUAUGAAUAAAACUUAGACAAUUAGUAUUUAAAUAAAUCUUUAAUUAUUUAAAUUAUUGAUGAAUUUCAUGAAAAUAAUCGCAAUUUUCAUCGUGUUAAACUCUUAUAUAUUUUAAAAGCUAGACAUUAAAUCUUGAAUAAUAAAAGUUUGAAAUCAGAUAGAUAAUUUAAUGAUUAUAUAUUUAUUAUGUUUAAUCGAUUCAUAGAAUCUUUAACAUUGCAAGAGAAAUACUUAGACGAAGAUUUACAUACUUACAAAAUUAUGUUUUUAUUUUAAACUUAUGAUAAAUAAAACCUUGCUUACAUUUAAAUUAAAUAAUUUCAAAUGUUCAAAGAAUUUCAAUCUAUAUAUUUUAAUAUUUUGGAAUACUUUUGUUCAGUAACUAUUCAAAAAAGUAUUAAAUAAUAAAUUAGACAACAUUAAGGAAGAUUAGAAUUAUAAUAAAUAAGAUAGAGUUAAGUGUUAUAAGAGAAAUGUUAACCUAUGGUUAUUUAGAUCUUGGAAUAAAAAAUAAAAUAUUGGGACUAAUUAUUAAAUGGAUAUGAAAAUAUUGAAUAAUUAAGUGAUACAUCCAUUCGUCUAAGUGAAAAAGUAGUUAAUUUAAAGAAUACAGUUUUUAAGGAAUUAAACAUACAAAUAUUCACUCUUUCAAAAGAAUUGUUUAAACUUAAUUUAAUAGAUUUACGUUUAUUAUCUUAAAUAUUUGCAACAGUUUUAAAUGAUUAUCAUAUAACACUUCAAAUUGAACAAAGAAUUGAAGAACUUCUUAAUUUAGAGAGAAAUAUAUCAUCUCGGAAUAUUUAAAAUAUUACCUUAUUAAAUGAUGAUGUUAUCAUAAUUCCAGUAAGUAUGAUAAAAAAUUAAGGACAAAUAUUGAGUAAAAAUAAAUAAAAAUUAUAAAAAUUUUUUAAAAUUCCAAAUGACGAAUCUUAUUUACAAAUAUCUAAUAUCAAUUCUAUUUUACCAUAAUACAUGUAAUAAAAACACGAUAAAUUUUUAAAUAAGUUCCUUUCUACUGGAGAAUCAUCAUUAUUUAUUAACAGCUAAGAUGUAUAUCCUAUUUAUAACUCUGGUUUCACUUUUAGUGCUACUUUAUAAUUGAUAUCUUCUUAUGAUUAGAUGGAUGAUUAUAUAUUAUCAGCUGUAUUAAAGAAAAGUAUUGAAAAUUAUGAUUUUAUUCUUUUUGAUGAAUCUGGUAAAAUCUUAGGAAUUACAGAAUCAAUUUAUUAAUUAUUAUUAUUUAAUUCAAAAACAACAAUUGUUAAUGAAUUUGAUAACAACAUAUUAAAAUCUUAUAUAUAUUUUUGGUUUAAAGAUCUUUUACUUAAAAUAAACGACUAAUAAGAAGUAUUUACAUAAUAAUAAACAUCAUAAUAAUAAUAAUCAUAAUAAUAAACUAUGAAUGUUUUCACUACAAUUAUCCAACCAAUUAAUAAUUUAUAAUUACUUAUUAAAGAUCAUGAAAUGUUUAGAAAAUAGCAUUUUUUAACUUAAACUAACACUAUGAAAACGGAAUAAGAUGCACAAACAGAUUAAAAACAUCCUAUUAAAAUUACUUGUUUUGAAUAAAAUUAUCUUAAUUAAACAAGUGAAUUUAUUAAUUAGUAAUUACUUAAAACUUAUUAAAAUUCUGUUUAUUUUUAAGUUGUUUUUAAUGUACAAUUUAAAAAAAUGUAAGAUUGCCAUCCAAUAUUUAUUUUAACUAUUAAUGAAUAUUUUUAAAAAGAAUAAAAAUAUAUUGGAACCUUAAGUGAUUAUAGUUCUGUUUUAAAAACCAAAUCUUAAUUGGGAAUGAAAAGUGAAUUUUAGAUAUAAACUGAGUAAGAUCUUGAUGAAUUACAUUAAGAAUUUUUGAUUAAUUAAACAAUAAUUAAUAAAUUAUUAAUUAGACAUGCAGAUGGAUUACCUAAUCCUAAAGAAAUAGAUUAAAAAGAUGAAGAUUUACAUAUUUAGAAUAUGAUUGAUAGAAAUUAAAAAGAAAGUAAUUUAAUAUCUCCCAGAUCAAAUAGAGAAAUAUUAAUUAAAAAUGGUUUAAUAGAGGAUGAUUCUGAAUAUAUAAAAGGAAAUGAAUCUAAUGUAAUUAAAAGUAGUUCUUAAAAAGAUGUUAAGGAAAAUAUAUAAUAAGCAAUAUUGGAAGAACAAAAUGCUGAUUUUGCUCAUGAAAAAUAGUCUAAAUCUAGUGCUACUUCAGAUAAAACUUAAAAUUCUAUUUAUAAUUUAAUGAGAAAAUUAUAAUACACUUAAUAGUUUUAAACUUCUAUAGUAAAUGCAAUUUUUAUAACUAAUGUUUUAACAAUAUUUUUGAUAAUCCUUGUAAGUGUUGAAUUAUCAAUUUUCAGAGAACAUACCAACUAAUUAGAAUAUAGUAUACCUUUAGUUAGAAUUCCUUAAAGAUUUAAUAGAUUAUUUUCUACAUUUAUCACUAUAGGUUAACUUGAAUUGUAAUCAAAAUUAUUAAAUUAAUCUUAUGGUGCUUAUUAUGAUUAUAGAAUAAAAAAUGAAAGUUCUUCAAAACAUGAUGAAAUGUAAGAUUUAAUGACAGAUAUUUUAAAAGAAUUCUCUUCAAUGGAAAAUUAAAAUUUAUUACCUUUGAUGGAAAUGAGAAUUAUUAAUGAAUAUACAUAUCAACUAGAGAAUGUAAGUAUGAUAGAAUUUAAUUCUUUAGUAAAUGAAUAUUCAGAUUAAUUAAAUGAACUUCUUUAAAAUAUUGAUUUAUCUAAAGAAGGAAUUAAAAGAGUUUAAAUCUUAUUAGAAUUCUUAAAAGGAAAUUUAAUCAAAGAAUUAGAUCUAACAAUAUUGAUUGUUAAUUAAAUUGAAUACAAUUUUUAUGAUUUAAUUUAAUUAAAUCAUAUAUAACAACUUGUUUUUUUAAUUUUAAUAUUAUUGACUGUUGCUGCUCUAUUAAUAAUAUAAUUUAAGUAAUGGUUGUAACCAUAUAAAUAUAUGUAAACUAUUUUGUUAUUGAUUGGCAAAAUAUCUGAAAGAGAUAUUGAAUUUUCUGGAUCUAGAAUUUAUUUACUUUUAGAAAAGCUAAAUCAUAAUCAUUCAGCUUGGAAAAAUAUUAAUUAUUUUCGUGAUUUCUUUUGGCAAUCUAAGAGAUCUACAAUUUAUCUAAGUUUAAGAAUAUCUUCCUAAGAAACAUCAAAAAAUAAAAAUAAUAGUAAAAUCUAAUAAUCAAGGGUUAAAUAAACAUCUCGUAUAUAAGAAACAUCAUUUUCAAUUAAAAAUAUUUAAAUUAUUUUAAUACUUCUAUGUGCAUUAUUAUUUUGUUAUGCCAUUUCUGCAUAUAUAAUUAUGAAAACUAACAUGGAUAAUAGUUAACCAGAACUUAAUAUAGCUAUGGAAUAUGUAAAAUUUAAGUAAGAUCUUGAUGGAGUUAUGAUUAUUUGUCAAUUAUUGAAAAAUUAAGACAUUCUUGUAGAUUAAACUAUUAUUUAUGAAAUUUUUAAAAUGAAUCCAGAAUUAAAUAUAAAAGACAAAUAUUAUAAAACUUUGUAUAAUGAAUUGCUAUAGAAGUUUUCACCAUUAAUCAAAGAUAUGGAUACAAUUUAUUCAAAAAUAUAUAACAAUGUAAUUGAAUCAAGAAAAAUUAAUAUUGAAAAUAAAGAUUUAUUGUUAAAUCUAUAUGAAAAAGAUCUUUGCGAAAUUAUACCAUCUAUUUUACCAUUUUGUGCUUAUGAAAAUGAAAAAUUCAUUUAUUUUCCUUCAUUUCCAGCUGCAAAUCCUAUUCUAAAUAAUAAACAAAUUUAUAAAUAUGGAAUUAAUGGCAUCUAUUAAUAGUACUAUAUUUUAUAUAUAAGUUAGGAUUAUAUCCAUAUUUAAUACACAUUAUUCUUUGGAGUUAGAUGGAAAAAAGGAUACUAAUCUUAAAAAUAUUGAAUAAUUUCUUUAAAGCUAAGAAUAUAUUUAAACUAUUUUACCUUACUUUUUUGACUUAAGUUAUGCCAUUCUAUAAUUUUAUUAUACGAUUAUAUUUGCUGCACUUGAUAUUUUAGAAAAUGAUUACUAAAUGGCUUUAUAAUUUUACAUAUUUGCAGGAAUAGGCUGCAUUAUUAUAUUAUAUAUAGUAAUAUUUUUAAGAGCAAUCACUCUAUAAAAUAAAGUUCGAUUGAUAAGAUAAGCUCUAAUUGUAAUACCACAUGAAUCUUUAUAAGAUUAAUCUAUACUGAAUUCUAUUAGAAAAAUUGAUAGAAUCCUUUGA